UUUUUUAAAAAAAAUUAUUAAAAAAAAAAAAAAGAAAUGUCAUAUAAAUUUUGGGAAGCUGCAAUCAACGAUUAUGAAAAAUUGCUUAAAACUGGAGAAGGAUCUGAUGUUAUUAUAUAUGCUGGCGAGAAUGAAAAAGAAUUUCGUGCUCAUUCGGUUAUCUUAUGCGUUAGGUCUGAAUACUUUCGCGCAGCUUUCUCAAAGAACUGGACAGAGAAAAAAGACGGAAUGCUUAUUUUUAAAAAACCAAACAUUGAAUCCAACCUGUUUCAAAUUAUUCUCAGAUUCAUUUAUUGUGGAGACAUUGAUUUAACAAAAUUACAAGGUUUUGAAGUAUUAAAACUUUUAAUUGCAGUGGACGAAUUGGAUAUUCAACCUUUAAUUUCAUGUAUCCAAGAAUACUUCUUAACUAUAAAUAAAUCUGAUUUCUUAUACCAAAACCCUAUAGAAAUUCUUGAGAUGGUUUAUCAACAUGAAAAAUUCACAGAUUUAUGGAAUUUUUGUUUUGAUAGAGCUUGUGAAAAACCUGAAAAAUUAAUCAAUUCUGAUAAAUUUAUUAAUUUAAAAGCAUCUUUAUUAGAAAUGCUUUUAAAACGUGAUGAUUUUGCUUUGGAUGAGAUUAUUAUAUGGGAAGGUUUAAUUAAAUGGGGUCUUGCCCAAAAUUCUACUAUACCAAAAGAUGUUAAAAAAUGGAGUAAAGAGCAAUUUACAAUUAUGGAAAGAAUUCUUCAUAUAUUUAUUCCAUUAGUUAGAUUUCAUCACAUUCCUUCAGAUGUCUUUUUUUAUAAAGUUUUACCUUAUAAAAAAUUGUUACCUAAACAACUAGUUUAUGAGAUUUCAGAAUAUAAUAUGGUUCCGGAUAAAAAAUCGACUAUUAACAUACAACCUCCUAGGAAACAAAAAUUAUCAUUUAAAUUUGAUUCAUCCCUUAUUGACUUUCAACAUUUCGCAAUAUUUGCCAGUUGGAUUGAUAAGAAAGAUAAUUUAUAUUAUAAUUCAAGAAAUAUUCCCUAUAAUUUCGAUUUACUUUGUCGUGCAAGUAGGGAUGGAAAUGAUAUUAAUCAAUUUCAUAAUAAAUAUGAUAACAAAGGAGCAACUAUUGUAAUUACAAAAGUUAAAGGAACAAACCAAAUAAUUGGUGGAUAUAAUCCGUUUGCAUGGGAUUCAAGUGAUUCAGCAAAAGCAACAACAGAUAGUUUCAUAUUUUCAUUCGCAGAUAAAAACGACAUAAGUACUGCAACAAUUGGUCGAGUUAAGAAAUCAAAUGGAGCAAUAUAUUGUUAUAGUAAUCAUGGACCAGGUUUUGGAAAUGGUUGGGAUUUACAUUACAAUAAUUAUGAUAAGAAAUGGCAUUGCUCAAAGCCAUUUAGUUACCACUCAAUUAAUUUAACUUUCACAAACUUUACUGCAGAUGAUUAUGAAAUUUUCCAAGUUAUCAAAAAAUAAUCAAAUGACUAAAAUGAGUGAUAUAUUGCUUUGAGACUUAUAAAUACUACUAGUAGUGUAUAUUGACAAUUUGUAUACGGUAUUUAAAAUUCAAUUAAAUAAAAAUAUGAAAGGUUAUCCCGUUAUUU